ACCCUUGGCCCUGGGAGGGUGCCGGGUGGGUGACCCCGCCGCAGACCCUUCCCCCGUGGGCGCCCAGACGCCGAAGCAGGGCUGCCCAGGUUGCCACAGUGCUCUGGGGUGGAGCGGGGGAUCGGGGAGCUCUGGCGUGACUCCUCCAAGGGGUCCCGGAGGAAGGUACUGCGACGAGAACGCCCGGAGGAGAAGAGAAGGGCCCGGGCGCCAGACCCUGGGGGCCGGCCUGGGACUCCGCGAUUCGUUUCUGAUGCGUUGUGGACCCGGAGCUGGGGUCUCUAGUCCUCGGAGAUUCGGAAACUCCCAAGUGCGGCUAGAGCUGACUGGGCACUGCAGUCGCCAUCUCCGUGGGCUGCCUGAUUGGGAUGGGAGGCACCUGCCCACCUUCACCAAUUCCUGACCCGCACAGCUCCCCCGCUGCAGGUGCCACUUGUGAUGCUGCUGGGAGCGCUCUUGAGGUCGACCCAGGUGUCUCCCCCAAGGCAGUUCCUCCUCUGUGGUGGCUCCAUCACCACCCUUGUUGAUCCCCACUUCCCCACCCCACCUGCUGCCCUGUCUCCUGACAUCCACCUUCUAGAACCUGCUUUUUUGUCAUUUCCACAUCACCAGUAUGCCUGCAGCAGCUCGUGCUGGGCCUUGCCACCCCAAGCAGCCAGAGGGCUCCCACAGAGGCAGAGGCCCCUUCCUCUCCUCCUUCCCAAAGGCUUUCUGCCCAGAGGCCCCUUCACUUCUGGGGCCUCUGAUGCUGGGUUUCCCACUGCCACUCCGUGGUCUCCUUGUCUCAAGUGCCUUUCCUGCUCUGCUCAGCCCUCACCCGCCCUCACCUGGGGAGGCUUCCUUCCCUCCCCUCCUGAAGGUUUGCUCUCCAGACCAGGAACCUGGCCUGACUCAGCUCUGACUUCCCUGCCCAGGUAUCUGCUAGAGCAGCGUGACGUGGAGGUGAACGUGCGGGACAAGUGGGACAGCACCCCGCUAUACUAUGCCUGCCUCUGUGGCCAUGAGGAGCUUGUGCUCUACCUGCUAGCCAAUGGAGCCCGCUGUGAGGCCAAUACCUUUGAUGGUGAGCGCUGCCUCUAUGGAGCGCAGAGUGAUGCCAUUCGCCGGGCCUUGCGUGAGUACAAGCAGGUGACGUCCUGCAGGAGGCGGGAUCACUACUACAGCUUCCUGCUCCGGCUUCUGGAGCAGGGCAUCCACAGUGACGUGGUCUUCAUGGUGCAUGGGAGGUCUUUCCGGGCUCACCGCUGCAUCCUGGGUGCUCGCAGUGCCUACUUCGCCAACAUGCUGGACACCAAGUGGAAGGGCAAGAGUGUUGUGGUCCUUCGGCACCCCCUGAUCAACCCCGUGGCCUUCGGCGCCCUGCUGCAGUACCUGUACACAGGCUGCCUGGAUGUCAGUGUGGAGCAUGUCAGCGACUGUGAGCGCCUGGCCAAGCAGUGCCAGCUGUGGGACCUGCUAGGUGACCUGGAGGCCAAGCUGGCCUCCAAGCCAGGCACGUGCGUGAAGGUGCUGACCAUCGAGCCCCCGCAGGCAGACUUACGGCUGCGGGAGGACCUGGCCCUGCUGGCGGACUGUGCCCUGCCCACCGAGCUCCGGGGUGAUCUCUGGGAGCUGCCCUUCCCUUGCGAUGGCUUCAAUGGCUGUCCUGACGUCUGCUUCCGAGUGGAGGGUUAUAACUUCCUCUGUCACAAGGCCUUCUUCUGCGGCCGCAGUGACUACUUCCGGGCCCUGCUGGAUGACCACUUCCAGGAGAAUGAGCAGCUGGAGGCCCAGGGCAGCCUCCUGGCCAUCACCCUGCACGGCAUCUCACCUGAUGUGUUCACCCACGUGCUGUACUAUGUCUACAGUGACCACACGGAGCUGCCACCUGAGGUGGCCUAUGAUGUGCUGAGCAUGGCUGACAUGUACCUGUUGCCAGGCCUGAAGCAGUUGUGUGGCCGCAGCCUGGUCCAGCUGCUGGAUGAGGACAGUGUGGUGGGUGUGUGGCGUGUGGCCAAGCUAUUCCGCCUGGCACGGCUGGAGGACCAGUGCACUGAGUACAUGGCCAAGGUCAUCGAGAAGCUGGUGGAGCAGGACGACUUUGUGGAGGCCGUGAGGGAGGAGGCAGCGGCUGUGGCAGCCCGGCAGGAGACAGAUUCCAUCCCACUGGUGGAUGAUAUCCGCUUCCACGUGGGCAGCACGGUGCAGACCUGCAGCGCCAUGCAGCAGGCGCAGCAGCGGCUUCGGGUGCUGGAGGACCUGCUAGUGUCCAUUGGCCUGGAGUGCUGACCAAUGCACAUGUGGCUGUUGUGUGCUCAGGGUGUCCUCCCCCACCGCCCCAGCGCACACUCCUUGUGUCUGGGGGCCCCUGGGAGGGUCACCUUAGGAUGAGGCCCCUUCCCCAGCACAAGCCAGCCCUAGAGGCCCUGGGGCUGGGCACCACUCAGGGAAAGCUGAGGUGGGGGGGGGGUCUCUUAGGGCCUCCCCUUUCAUCUCCCCCCACCAGGCCUGUCUCCCUGGGCAGAGCUGGCUUCUCUGCACAGAGCAGCCUGGUGGAGGUGGGAGAGCCUGCAGCAAUAAAGCUUGAAUUCACUGUGGGGGCCUGUGUCCCUGGCAGGGAGCCCUGGGGAACUCCCAGCAGGACCACCUGGGGCUGGUGGGGAGAGGGCCCUGCAGUCCUUCUGGUGGGACAGGGCUUCCCCCUGAGUUUCCUCUUAGAGUGUCCCACCUGCUCACCCUUGGUGGCUUUGGGUGGUUUAGUGGGGCCAGAAUUAAGAACAGGCUCUGAGUGCUUCUAGCACCCACUCCAAGCAGUUCUGUCCCCAUGCCCUCAGACCAGACUGCGUUCUGCAAGGCAAGACCCCAGGUCCAGUGGACCUGGCCCGGGAUGACUCCCUCCACUCCCCACCCCACCAGCCACUGUCUGCCCUCAGCCCAGGGCCUGCUUCUCUUAUGCCUGUGUCUGAGUGAUAACUGUUGAAGGAAAAAGUAUUUCCAUGCAUUUUACUGGGAAGAAUCAUAUGCAUUUCUACCCAAACCCAGGAUCCCCAGAUUUUCCACAUUUGGAGAAAUAAACCAGCCAAUGACAAAAUAAGCAACAACAGAAAAGAAACAGCUUGUGUUUAAAAUGAGUGUAGGGUGGCUUGUGUGCCCCACCCCCACCCUAGGAGAGCCCUAACAGCGGGGCAGGUCAGAGAUGACGGUGCUGUGCUGAAUCCUCAAGGAAAGGGGAGCAAAAGGGAAGCCCUGUCAUCCUGCUUGUUUAUUUGAAAUGUCAGUAUUUCAUUCACCAUUAGUUUUAACUUAAUAAAACAUCACAUUAAAAUAUCA